GGUAAAUGGCAUGAGCACACCGUCGUGCUUGCGGAUUUCUUAAACAUGAGUCGGGAAAUGCGGAAGUUCACACUGCUUUCGAUCGGUCUCUAGUUAGUUUUAAUUUCUCGCAUUAGUUAGAGCUGGUCUUCGGCUAUGUGAGGAUAAAAGAAGAGACACUGACGUCAGUCUGCCUGAACUUAACAGAACUGCUUUGAAAACUUUGAUCUGAGGAUGUUCUUCACUGAUCGAGAGGAUGAUGUGGCUCUGUAUGAGCUGGACAAUGGAAAUGAGCCUUUACUUCCCUCACAGCGUAACUUAUAUUUUCCUCGGUUAUAUGACUAUGUCCUGGUGGCUCAAAAAAUGGAGGAUAUGGAGGACCAAAUCUUCAAGAAGCAGGAUGCCUUUAUCUGCGAACUGAAACAGAAGAACAUUAAAGUGACUAAAAUUGAACAUGCUGGAAAGGUGUUCUUCGGUGUCUGUGCACCUGAGGAGAUUUUUGCAAAGUACAAGUACUUGCUAAAGGUGUCUGAUGCCUGUAACUGGAGCGGAGAGCAAAAGUGUGACUUGACUGUCUCAUUCUGCACCAGAAUCCGGAUUGUCCACUUUGUCUUGAACAAUACGUUUAUAGGAUCAGGAGAGGGCCUUAGAGACCUGCUGUGUCAAGGUGCUUUUGAGUCCAUCUUCUGUCUGCAUGAGAAAAAAGAGCAGAAAAAACUAAGGAAGAAGUGGGCAAGCUGGUUUGCAGUAAUGAAGCUUUUUCAACAGCCUGUGACUGAUAUCAAGGACUAUUUCGGGGAGAAAGUGGCACUGUAUUACCUGUGGCUGGGCUGGUACACGCGCAUGCUCGUCCCUGCAGCUGUUAUUGGUAUUGUUGUGUUCUUGUAUGGCCUUGCCUUCUUCAAUACAAGUCCGCUCAUUCAUGAAGUCUGUGACUCCAACAUCACCAUGUGUCCAAGAUGUGACAUAAGAUGCAGCAUGUGGAACCUGUCUGACACCUGUACAAAUGCCAAGGUGAGCCAACUAUUUGACAAUGAAGGGACAGUGGCUUUUGCCAUGUUCAUGGCAAUUUGGGCAACCCUGUUCUUGGAGCUGUGGAAGAGACAUCGAGCUCUGCAUGUGUCAAAGUGGAAAGUGUUUGACUGGUGCGAGGAGGAGGAAGAAUUGAUUUUGGAGAUUGUAAAUAACCCUCAGUGUAAGCCAAAAGAGUUCAGACAUUCCUACCUGCGCAGCAUCGUGGUGCUUCUUUUGGUUACAUUAGUGUUGGUGGUGAUCAUAGGUCUGGCCCAUGCUCUGGUCAUCUGCCGUGUUUUAACUGCAAUAUUGUUGUCCCAAAGUGAGUGGGACUUUUUCCGUGAUCAUGCUACCACAAUAGCCAUGUUAUCUGGAGCAGUGCUGCACUACAUUACUAUUCAGGUUAUGACUCGGGUCAACAAAAUUGUGGCAUUUAAACUGUGUGAGUUUGAAAAGACCCGCUCUUUUGCAGCCACAGAGAAGCACUUCACAGUGAAGAUGUUCACAUUUCAAUUCUUUACUCUCUUCUCAUCUCUAUUUUAUGUGGCGUUCUUUCUAGGAAGGAUCAAUGGCUAUCCAGGAAACUAUGUUCGAAUUGCAGGAAAAUGGAGACUAGAAGAGUGUCAUCCAAGUGGCUGCCUUACAGACCUCUUCAUCCAGAUGGCUGUUAUUCUGGUGCUCAAACAAACAAUCAACAACAUAUUUGAGUUCACAGUGCCCUGGUUAAAGCUCUGUUUUAGGCGGACGAAAGCCAAGAAGAUGCGCAGAAAGUGUGGUAACUGUUACCGGAAGGCAUGUCGAGAGGAGGAGGGCAACUUCAACCUAUGUGACCUCUGCAAGCUUCGUAGUUGGCUGGACAACUACGACCUGAAUGAUGUUAAUGCUUUCAGCUUGUUUAAUGAGUUUUUGGAAAUGGUUCUUCAGUUCAGUUUCACCACUAUUUUUGUGGCUGCGUUCCCUCUGGCUCCCUUAUUGGCUCUUAUCAAUAACAUAUUUGAGAUCAGACUGGAUGCCAUCAAGAUGGUCAGCCUUGAGCGCCGCCUAGUGCCCAAAAAGACAAAUGACAUCGGUGUGUGGACUAGAAUAUUAGAAGCUGUCGGGGUGAUGGCUGUCAUUGCUAAUGGACUAGUGAUUGGGAUUUCCUCUGACUUCAUUCCCCGUCUGGUGUAUCGUUAUCAUUAUGGACCUUGUGCUACCAGCAAUAGUACAAGCAUGGACUGUAUGACAGGAUACAUCAACAACACUCUGGCAACAGCAUUCAUGUCCAAUGACAAAGUGAGAGAGGACUUCAAGGAUUUGAUAGUGAAUGGAUAUAAUAUUACGCAGUGCAGUUACAAAGACUACCGCAAUGAUGAAGACCAGAGUCUCACCUCUCAGUUUUGGCUCAUUCUGGCACUCCGCUUUGCCUUUGUUAUUCUGUUCGAGCAUGUAGUGGUGAUGUGCAAAUUUAUCGCUGCCUGGUUUAUACCUGACAGUCCCAUCAGAGUGAAGAACGACAGGCUAGACGACAAACUGAGAAGACUGAAAAAGGAACUUCAGGAAGCAAAUGCAAUCUAUAACAGCAGAUGCACUGAGGUGUGAACGAUGAAGGUUUCAAACCAGAUUCUUUUAUAUCAGAGAUUUGAAAACUUGACUUCCAUGUGCACAACAAGACUUUACACACUGAAGAUUUCUGUUUUUGACUGGGAUCAUUCUCACUUGCAUCCAUACGUGGGAUGUAUCUCUUCACUUCACUACUUUGAGAGCCAUUAUUGGAGCUUUGCUCUCUUUGCAGUUUACAGUUUUCCCUCAAGAUGAGUCAUAUUUGCUCUGCUUCAGAGGGAUGCACCAUACAUUUUUUUUGGUUGCAUCAUAAAUUGUUUCUGAGAAAUGAAAGAAAAUUUGCCUUUUGCCUGUGAAAAUGUAAAAUCAAACAGUUUAUUAGUAUGAAAAAGUCCAACAAGCCUAAAAGUAUCCAUUAAUUUUGUUGGCCAAAAAAUUAUUUUAUGAUGAUUUAUGUUGCCUAGAAGAAUAUUUUAACAGGAUAUAUUUAUAUGUUUUGGUGUUUACUUUUAAGAAGUAAGAAAUGUGUUAUGCUCUUUACAGUGCUGUCCAUGGCUUUCUAAACAACUGUCGUUCUCAUUAAAUAUAAAUAUAUUUUGAUAUUGUAUUUUUGAUACGGUCCUAUUAAUGUACUCAUUAAUUGUGUUCCAGGAAUGAAGUAAUGGGGUGAAAUAAAUGUUUAAGUUGAAAUAAAACGGUCAACAUUUUUUCCUCCAUAAAGUGUCAGUAGACAUGCAUGUCUACACUGCUGUGCUGCUUCAGACAAAGAAUGAUAACUUCUAUUGCACAAAGACAUUCCAUUAGUUACUUUUGACCAAUGUGUUUU